GUAUUACCUAUAUUUACAAACCUCACUUUUCCACGAGAUGAACGAUUGGAUUUAUGUUUUAAUAUCUUCGUCAGAGUGAAGGUUGUAUUGUUGAUUUAAUUACUGGCAGCGCAUAGCUUAUGAUUUAUAAAUGAGUUUCUGUAGAGAUGACGACUGUGUCCGACUGUGAUGACCAGGAAUCAGUUGUUACUAGUUGGUGCUCAUUGUUUAAACAAGGAACAGACUUUGAUACAUGGGGACAACCACUGGAGGCUACAGAAAUAUACCAGAGCUUAUCUAAGCAGCUGCAUCACUGUUCCAUGAGCGACAAUGGUAUCUUCACAGAUAAACAAAAGAAGUUCUUGGACAAAAUUAGAGUUUGCUUGGAUUCACGAUCAAAAUCUCUCCAGGACCGUGUAUCAAAGGAGGGCAUAUCUCUGGAGGAUCUCCUGAAACUAGAGUCAACCCUAAAGAACCUCUGCCGGAAACCAAGUGAGAAAUUCCCAGUAGACGUGCGAGCAGCUCAGCUUCAGACUCGACAGUAUCCAAACAUCAGUGUCCUCAGUCUCCACACCUCUAAUGAUGAAGAUAAGCCAUCACAAAGAGUUUUAGGUAACCUCCUACCUAAGCCUAUGCCGAUAGCCAACAUGCGGUACCUGAGUGUCCGGGUGGAGAAGAUGGGUUUAAAGGAUGCUUCACAAUUCAUAGACCCCUUCAUCUGUGUGUCUGUCAAAGAUGCGAACGGUCACAACCUGACCGCCAUACAGAACACCCCGAUAGCCUCAGACAAGCAGGACACAUGUGUGUUCUUUAAUGUAGACGUCCAUAUACAGAAGACAAUAGAAAGUCUGCCACCAGGUUUUGCUGUGUUCUUUGAAUUCAAACACUUCAAACCGAAGAAGAAAACCACAAGCACCAAAUGUUGGGCAUUUCUUGAGAAAGAUGAAAUCGAAGAUGGACCGACGUAUCUGGAAUUAUACAAGAAGCCCACAGAUCCUUGCCGAAAGAAAGUCCACCUGUUGACAGUGAAGCCCUUGUAUCUCCACUUAAAGCUGUCUCUAGACUCCUAGUGGCAGUGUGGCUGUGCUUCACUCAGUGGAGUCAGUGUUGGGAGCUCGGAAGACGUUGUUGUACAUCAGGGUAUACCAUGACGAGUCACACAACUCUGUCUGGACUGACAGCAGGAGUUGUUAUAGCAGUCAAAGUGAAUUUGAUAAACGGACAUAUUUUUGUUAUCUUGAAUACUUUUAGACACGAAAGCAGUGUUUCCAGUUGGUCAUAGAGUAUAAUUGAUACAUUGUUUGUUACCUUGAAUUCUUUUACAUUGUUUCCUGUUGGUUAUAGAGUACAAGAAAAUAACAGACAUUAUUAAACUAUGUUUGCUGUUUGCCAGUCACCUUGCCCCCACACUGUCACAUGUGUACCAGUCCUAUACCAGCAUGCUAUGAUCACACUGUCACAUGUGUACCAGUCCUAUACCAGCAUGCUAUGAUCACACUGUCACAUGUGUACCAGUCCUAUACCAGCAUGCUAUGAUAGCAUGCUAUGAUCACACUGUCACAUGUGUACCAGUCCUAUACCAGCAUGCUGUGAUCACACUGUCACAUGUGUACCAGUCCUAUACCAGCAUGCUGUGAUCACACUGUGUUAGGCCUGUGAGCAGUGCUGGGGUAGCUAAGGUAAAACUACCUUUAUAAUGGUUAAGUUAGCACUGACCAUACAUGUCUGACUCAUGUUUAUUUUCAGAAAGGAAAUACCUGCCAUUUUUUCUGUUUCAUUAUACAUCCAUGUUUAUUUUUGUGACCCAUUUACAUUUUUUUAAAGAAUGUAUACUGUAGGGGUCAGAUGAUGCUUACAAGUCAAAAGGUAUAGGGGUCAGAUAAUGCUUACAAGUCAAAAGGUAUAGGGGUCAGAUAAUGCUUACAAGUCAAAAGGUAUAGGGGUCAGAUAAUGCUUACAAGUCAAAAGGUAUAGGGGUCAGAUAAUGCUUACAAGUCAAAAGGUAUAGGGGUCAGAUGAUGCUUACAAGUCAAAAGGUAUAGGGGUCAGAUAAUGCUUACAAGUCAAAAGGUAUAGGGGUCAGAUAAUGCUUACAAAACAAAAGGUAUAGGGGUCGGAUGAUGCUUACAAGUCAAAAGGUAUAGGGGUCAGAUAAUGCUUACAAGUCAAAAGGUAUAGGGGUCAGAUAAUGCUUACAAGUCAAAAGGUAUACUGUCGGUACACAUGUAUUUUACUGGGCACUUCUCCACCAUGUUUGUUUGAUGCCACUAAUAAGCAUUAAGAGAGUUAGAAAAUUCAGGAUCAGAAUGAUCAUCAGGGCCAUCCCACCCAUUUUUGUGAGGGCACUAAAAGUGGCAUCUGUAAAACAUAGAAACCAUUACUAAGGAAGGAGCUUGUGCACAUCUCUUACCAUGGCAGAAGGUGUCUGUAAAAAAAUCCAUUCUUACCCUACCAUAUCUUUAACGAACACAGGGAUCAACAUAUCUAGGACUUAACAGCCCAAGCCAUAUUUUCUUGGUCGCUAUAUGGUGGAUACCAGAGAACGAAAACACUGAUCCAGGCUCCAAUGUCUCGAAACUAAUUUAAGUUAAAAAAACUGACUUAAGUCUGAGUUUUUACUCAAAUUUGAGGAAACCUAAGUUUGUUUCGAGAAAUUGGGGGCUGGAGUGGAUUGUGCUGUCAGUUGAUUGUGUAAAGUUAUAUUGAACAUCCAUUGCCAACCUUGGUGCUCACUGAGUGCUGUUGCAUCUCUGGGUAGCUGGAUAGCGCCUACACUAGAGCAGGUCUUGUUCCAGGAAUGUACUCUGAAAAAGAGCAUAAUGGCCAAGAUCUAUUCAGCAACAAGUUUAUCUGGAUGAGAUUUUCUGUAUAAUGCAUUUGAUUAUCCUUACCUAUAGUUUGGAGGUAUUAAAUAGGGUACUGGUUACAGAGUAGACAUGCUUAGAAGGUUGCAGCUACGCUUUGAUCUUUGGUUUCGAAGGGCUGUCUUCCAUUUCCACAGUCCCUCGUUAUCAACAGGGUCAUACACAACAAUCAUGACACAUCCUAAUUCUGAUACUGACAAUCAUGUUCACCGUCAUAAUAGUAGUCAAGCAUCGUGCCAUGUGAGAAAACUGAAUCUGUGGGAUAUAUUGUGUGUAGAGUGAGUGAGUAUUGUUUUAUGCCGCUUUUAGCAAUAUUCCAGCAACAUCACGGCGGGUGACACCAGAAAUGGUUUUCACACAUUGUACCCUUGUGGGGAAUCGAACCUGGGUCUGCGGAGUGACAAGCAAAUGCUUUAACUACCUGGCUACCCCACCGCCCCUAUUUUGAGAUUAGUGCUGUCAGCCACUGUUUGUUUGGUGGGUACCAUAUAGGAUUAGUGUGCCAUCAUAUCACAUUACUAUAACAUUGUUUGAUGAGAGAGAAUUUGAUAGGAGAGAACUUGCUUGGCUGAGCGUAGUGAAAUAUAGAUUGUACUCGUAUUAUUUUCAUGAUAAAAAGAAACUACAGUGAUCCCGCGCUACAAUGCUUUAUAAUUCCCUCACCAAAUAAUUGAUGAGCAUUAUAGAUGAUCAGCAGUUUAACGAAGGUCGAGUCGUUUACUUGCAUGACAAUAGUUUUAUAAUUCGGUCAGUUAAACUAUAGAAGUAGGGUAAAUGAUAGGCACAUGACCAGUUUGUUAAUGCCAAACAUUCUGCAGCAGUACAAACCUGUAAAGAAUUGAUGAUGAAAAGCAACAGUAAUAAAUAUUACAGACACUUUUUUUACCAUUUACUCUUUACCAUUUAUGAUGGCAUCUAAAAUAGGCCAGUGCCUGUGACACUACACAUGACUUGGCAGGAAUAAGGAAUUUAAGUUUAAGAUCUGUAAA